AUGGCUACCGGCCUCCAGUCAAUAGCAGACCUCACUGCUUCGACCUGCAUAACUACAGGCGACAUUCCUCCGCCCCUCGUAGGAGCAUCAAUGACAGUCAUCGGCACUCAAUUAUUUCUAUUCGCUGGGAGAUUAGUAUCUUCUCGCAAAAUGACAAACGAUCUGUAUAUACUCGAUCUCGAAACAUUCAUAUGGACCAAGAUCGUCGAUAAUUCCAAGACAUUGCCAAAAGCGCGCUAUUUUCAUUCAGCAAACCCAUAUAAAAAGUCCAUAGUGUUCUUUGGCGGAAUGGGCUACACUCGUAACGGCGGCGAAGAAUUAUGCGUAUUAGACGACGUCGUAAUAUAUAACAUAGAAACCUUUACAUGGCAUCAUCCCGAGAUUAAGCCAUCACCUGCCGCCCCAAAGCCAAGAUAUGCUCACCUCGCUGCCAUCACUGCCAAUAAGCUUCUAGUCAUCGGAGGGCAAGAUAUGAGUAAUCAUUAUAUCGAAGAGAUUAAUGUUCUGGACCUGGAUGAAUCAACUUGGACCAUAACCCGAUCAUUCGAAAAGCAUUGUGGUGCAUACAGAUCAAUAGCCGUAAGUAGCAGGAAUCACACUGAACUACCAGUGUUUGGUAAUGGUAUGGCCGAGAGCGUACCGCUAUCCCCAUACAGCAGUGACACUUCGUCACAAAUAUCGAUGGACUCUCACCCUCCUCCCACCAGUCCUGUUCCUGUUCCACAACCCCUACGUAAGAGCACAUCUGCUAAUAGUCUACCGUCCGUUAAUAUUCCAGCUUUCGCUUCUCCGAGAAAAAUGUCAGUCGGUACAUUUAAUUAUAGUGGCACACGACGCGGUCAACUCGCAAAUCACGUCAUCAGUCGAAUGCAAGGAACUGAGAAUAGUUACUGUCGUCUAUCUUAUUCGACCAGUGUUACCGACGACAAUUCGAAUCCAGUAUAUAUAUACUCGAAUUACAAUUUCACAGAUGUCAAAAGAGAACUACAAAUUAUCGCUCCACCCACUACGCCAAAUUAUCAAAUUAUGGAUCAUUCGGCAAGCAUGACUGGAGCGUUUCUUCCGCCUGGCUUGCGAUUCCCUACAGGAUAUAUACUCGGUCAUUAUCUAAUAAUAUCAGGCACAUAUCUCACAAAUGCUAGUCAGACAUUCAGUGUGUGGGCAAUGAAUUUGGCUAAUUUGGUAUGGACUCGUAUCGAUACUGGUUCUACGUUUACGCACGGAUCAUGGAACAGAGGAGUAUUGUGUGAGGUGACUAACAAAUAUGUUGUACUUGGCAAUAGAGAUAGAGCGCUUGUCGAAGAUUACAAUCAUAGACAAACCAAUUUUGAUCAUGUAGCUAUAAUUGACUUGGAAGCAUUUGGGGUAUAUCAACCACCCCCAGCAACAAUGUCACCUAGCGCUCAAGAAUUAGGACUUGCAUUAAUUAGUGAACCUAACAUGGCUGAUUAUGAGAUUGUCACAAUUGAUGGAUAUCGUAUUCCGGUCAAUUCGAUGAUGCUAAGCGCGAGGUGGCCUCAUUUCAGAGCGUUAGCUGAAGCACAGGCAAACCGAGUGCCUGAAGUCAAAUACGACUCUGUUUCUAAGAAAGGUGAAGAAGAGACAACAAUAACAAUGUACAAAUAUCGGGCGCUAGAAUUCCCCGAGCCAUAUGCUGUUGCGAUAGCGUUUAUUCAAUAUCUAUAUACCGACAAUUUGCUUACUCUUCAGCAACACCAACCAUCCAUUCUGGCUCAACUGUUAUUAUUGGCUGAUAUGUAUGAUUUGGAGCGUCUACGUCAAUUGGCAUCUCAUGCAUUACAUCAAAAUCUGAAUAUGUCUACAGCCGCAUUGAUAUACGAGACGGCUGCAUUAUCGAAACAAUCGGGACUUCAGAUUAGAGCGUUGAAACUCAUCAGAAGGCCAAGUGGAAGCGAACAUGAUUCGGCUUCUUCUCAAUGGUCGGCAAUGUCAGGUGGAUCUCCCACAUCACUAUACGCACCUCAAAUUCAAUUCUCUCUGCAAUCACAAUACGGUUAUCAAGCACAAGUACAGAAUCAAUAUCCGAUGGAUGUCCGUACAUCAUACUACGACUUGUUUGCAUCUACUGUUGCAUCUCAAUCACCUCCAGUGGUAACUAGACCGCGUGCAUCGUCGAGUGUUACUGCUUAUACCAGCUCGUUCCACAACCAACCACAGCAAUCACCAUUACAACAACAGAGACCAUAUCUACCGACAAUACAUGAUUCAAUGACGGAUAUAUUUGGAGAUGAUGAAGAGGCAGGACCAUCGGCUGGGAACUCGAACAUAUCCAAAAACGAUAACGGCUUCAAGAGUGGAACUGGUAGUAGUAGAAUGUUUGGUGCGGGGAAUGGAUAUUCGGCUGCUGGGGGUACUGUUGUACAUACACAGGAUGGGAUGUAUGGUUCAUGA